AUGAGUCGAGUUCACUUUUUUGUCCUACCCCUCCUCUGCUUCUUGCUGCACGGAUUAGCAGCCCUUGCAAAAAUUCCUAUUGAAAACCCGCCCUUUGUGUUUACCAACUCGAACCAAGACAAGCUGAAAAGAAACUUUCUUAAUGUCGAUACCCCAUGGGAUAAUGAUGAUGUGCUGGCCAAGCCGCCAUACUCACUUUAUGUAACUCUGGAAAAUUUCCCGAACCCUUUUAUUCACCCUUCCCUGUGUAAUCGAAAUGGGUUGAGCUAUUCCUACCUGUGCGACCCCAACAAAAUCCUGUCUCGGAGCACGGCCGACAAGAUAGAAGAAAUUUUGAGCUACCAAAGACGAAAUUCUAGCCAUUACUGUGCAGACAGAGGAGAAGUCCCUUACGUAUUAGGCGUAGCGCUGAUUGAGCGCCUUCCUUAUGGAGUCAGCGCCGAGACAUUCUCUUCCCAAAUACUGGAACAUUGGAAAUUGGGAAACCGAAAUUGCAACGACGGAAUUUUGCUCCUCUUUGUGAAGGAAAACGCGACUUUUGUAUUGAAGUGGAGAAAAGGUGCCCAGUCGAUUAUCAAUUUCAGAACUGCCACCGCCAUGAACAAGUCCUUUAACAUGUACAUACGAAGGUACUCCCUGGAGUAUUCCAUUUUGAGAGCGGUGACACUGACCUCACAGUACUUGACAGAGGAAAUAAUUCCGCCGACUCAAACGGCUCAGAUGGUUGUAGCUCUUACGAUUGGCAUCGUAGUAGGUUUAGGCUAUCUCGCAUGUAUCCUAAUAGUUUUCUCCGACGCGCAGAAGGGGAACAGAUAA